AGAGAGAGAGAGAGAGAGAGAGAGAGAGAGAGAGAGAGGGUUUUGAAGCUGAAUUGCAAUGGAGAGUACCAACCAGCAUUGCAUGAUUCUAUUGGUUUUAGUUCUGAUCCUCGCUUGCAAUGUUAUCACAGCUUCCUCUGCCUCACCAGCCUCCAAACGUUUUCAUUUCAAUGUGGAGUGGAAACAAGUGACUCGACUGUGCCACACGAAGUCGCUUCUGACGGUGAACGGCGAGUACCCGGGCCCGACCAUCGCCGUCCACGAAGGCGACAACGUAGAAGUCAAAGUCACCAAUCGCAUUGCCAAGAACACCACGAUCCACUGGCAUGGAAUAAGGCAAUACAGAACGGCGUGGGCCGACGGACCGGCCUACAUAACCCAGUGCCCCAUAAGAGGAGGGCACACCUACACUUACAAGUUCAAUGUGGUGGACCAAAGAGGCACUCUUCUAUGGCACGCCCAUUUCUCUUGGCAACGAGCUUCCGUCCACGGCGCCUUCAUCAUCUACCCUCACUUGCCCUACCCGUUCACACCCAAGAUUCAAGCCGAAAUCCCCAUCAUUUUCGGUGAAUGGUGGAAUGCGGAUGUUGAUGCAGUGGAGGGUCAAAUGAUGUAUGGUGGUGGCCCUAAUUCCUCAAAUGCUUACACCAUCAAUGGCCUUCCAGGCCCUCUCUAUCCUUGCUCUGCCAAAGAUACAUUUGUCCGGGCCGUGGAACCAGGCAAGACGUACAUGCUUCGGAUCAUCAAUGCUGCACUCAUCGAUGAGCUCUUCUUUGCAGUGGCCAACCACACGCUGAAGGUGGUCGAGAUCGAUGCGGUCUACACGAAGCCCUUUUCGACUCUGGCCAUAAUGAUCGCUCCUGGGCAGACCACGAACGUCCUGCUCACGACGAACCAAGCACCCGACGCCUCAGGAAUGUUCCCAAUGGCAGCUGCUCCUUACCUCACCUCUGUUUUCCCCUUUGACAAUUCCACAACAUUGGGCUUUUUAAAAUACAAAGGCCCUAAAUCUAGUGACAAAAACACCAAACCUAGUGUUGUGGUCCCUAAUCUUCCUAAAAUGACCGACACACCUUUUGCCACAAAGUUCUUGAACAAGCUCAGGAGCCUUGCAACGCCUCAAUACCCAUGUAGGGUCCCCAAGGCAAUUGAUAGGAGAGUGAUCACCACCAUUAGCCUCAACCUCCAAGAUUGUCCACAAAACCAAACUUGCAAGGGCUAUGCCGGGAAGCGGUUUUAUGCCUCGAUGAACAACCAGUCCUUCGUCCGCCCGCUAAUGUCGAUCCUCGAGGGGCAUUACAAGAACUUCACCGCGAGCCAGCUAACCUCGACCUUUCCAGAGCGGCCCCCGAAGGAGUACAAUUUUACCGGAGUCGACCCCCUCACAGAGAACAUGAAUACCGAGUUCGGGCACAAGCUCUUGGUGGUGCCGUUUGGCACGAACUUGGAGAUCGUGCUCCAGGACACAAGCUUCCUUAACCCCGAGAACCAUCCUAUCCAUGUCCACGGUCACAACUUCUUCAUUGUGGCGCGGGGUUUCGGGAACUAUGAUGCCAAUGUUGACCCCGCGAGCUAUAACCUCGUGGAUCCGCCGGAGAGGAACACGGUGGCAGUCCCCGUCGGCGGAUGGGCCGCGAUCCGCUUGAAGGCGGAUAACCCGGGGGCUUGGUUCAUACAUUGCCAUCUUGAGCAGCACACCACAUGGGGCCUUGCCAUGGCCUUCAUUGUUCCCAAUGGGCCUAGCCCCUCUCAAUGCUUGCUGCCUCCACCUGAUGAUCUUCCCUCAUGCUGAGAGUCUUGAGACUGUCCUGGUGAAAGGCAUUUAUCCAAGCAACACUUACUAUCAUUUUGUUCUUUGCUUUGUUGUCCCUGGUAGAGGGUUGAAAGAGCUUUAAUUUUGACCAGUUGUGUACUAGAUUUGUUAGGUUAGUGUCCGUGAAUAGGUGAUAAUGACGGCAAUAUAAUUUUGGCAAUAAGGGCUUGGUGAUUGGGGUUCAUUUAAGCACCGUUAAAGAAAGCUUUUGUAGACAAUGAUAUUGUUGUAAUGACGUAAGUAUUAUGAUGUGAAGUAUGAUAUUCUUG